AUGGGGCGCCCGGUGGCAGCGCGGGGCUGCGACGCCAUCAUCGCAUGCGGCAUCCCUGCGGCCGCGGUCAACGGCUUCCGCACCCCCUUCCUGUCCGACAAGAAGGAGGUGCGGGCUGUGCUGGCCGAGAACGGGUUUAGGUACGACAGCACCAUCGGCGCCAAGGGCGGCGCCAACCGCGUGUGGCCGGGGGUGAUGAGCAAUGGGGUGGGCUUCGACUGCAGCGUGGCUGGCCAGCAGUGCGCCGCCUCGGAGAGGUAUCCCAACCUCUGGCAGGUGCCUCUCUACGAAGCCCCGGACGAGAACCUCAUGGACUACUGCACCGACGAGGCCACGGGCAAGCCGCGCCCCAGCUGCUCUGCGCUGCGCCAGCUCCAGUACAUGUUUGACACGGCAUACAAGGGUAACCGCGGUCCCGUCAGCGUGGGGGUGCACUCGCCCUACCUGACAAAAAGCUCCUAUUCCAAGGACCUCAAAAAGUUCUUCAAGUAUGCGCUAGGCCAGCAGAAGAAGGAUGUGUGGGCGGUGACGAUGAACCAGCUGCUGGACUGGAUGGAGAACCCGGUGCCGGCCAGCAGGAUGAGCAAGUUCAUGAAGAAGUACAAGUGCGUCGAGUAG